CAUAAAAAAAACGUAAUAGUUGUUUUUUCAGGCAUUGCAAUCAGUUGUAUUCAUGUAAUUUUCAUAUUCACAUUCUCCAGCAGUCCAGUUUUUUACAUGGAGUCAAGGUACAUACUGUACAUACAUCUGGUGAUCAAUGACAUGAUCCUGCUUUGCAUAACAGUUACUUUACAUGUUGUAAGCUAUGCUAUGCCAUUGAUAAAUGUGUCAGUCUGCUGUGUUCUACUACUCGUGGGAUCUGUGACCACUAAGAACACUCCCAUGAGUCUGGCUGGAAUGGCAGUUGAACGCUACAUCGCUAUCUGUAAGCCCCUGCGUCACUCACAGAUCUGCACCGUGAGAAGGACCUACAUGCUCAUUAGUCUCAUCUGCAGUGUUGCAUUUAUUCCUGGACUGAGUGACGUUUUCAUUUUGGUUCUUGCUCAACCACUAACUAUUUUCAGCUCCAGGGUUUUAUGCUAUCCCCUGGCUGUAUUCAAAACAACGUAUCACUUAGACAAAACUUUAGCAGUAAACAUUAUUCUUAUGUCUUUUGUGUGGAUUGCAUUGAUCUACACUUACUUUCGAGUACUCUUCACUACUAAAACUGCAACCACCGAUCCAGUUUCUACAAAAAAGGCCCAGAAUACCAUUUUACUGCAUGGCAUACAGUUGCUGUUCUGUAUGAUGUCCUAUAUUACUCCUUUGCUGGAAUUAAUUCUCUUUCCAUUGUUCCCCAAUGAUAAAUUCAAGAUAAUGUUUGCAAAUUUUUUCAUUGCAAGUGUCUUACCACGAUUUUUAACUCCUUUCAUUUAUGGGAUCAGAGACCAGAAAUUUGUUACAUAUAUUAUAAAGCACUUUUCAAUGUGUACUGUAAAGGUUAAACCAGUUAAAAAUUAG